GCAAUUGCUUCAGAGCAAACCUCUCAAUAUACGCCAAACCCGCUCCUCUCCAAUCAGAAACAUAGAGAGAGAAGCAAAACCCCUUGCUUUCCUGCUCUUCUAAUGGCGAUACACCCCUCGAUUGUUAUACAACAGCAAGAAAGGAAAGCUGGUUUUAAAGAGCAAGAAAAGCUGAAGCCAUUGGCAGAGAAUGAGAUGGCAGCUGCGAAACAACUUGUUCAGCUUAGUGACGAUGGGGAAUCAGAGAAGAUUAGGUUGGAUUUGAAUGCUUCGCCUUCUCAUUCUCCUUCUUCUUCUUCUUAUUCAGCAGACGGCAGCAGCGGAACAGUGGUUGAGGAGAAGAAUCCUUCUGCGAUUUCGAAGCCGAAGAGGCGGUUCAGGUCCCUCAGUUCUAUAUACAGGCAGACGAGGCCUAUUGAUGACCAGGCCAUGAGGAAGAGAUUCAAGUGUCGAGAACAGUAGCCAUCUCUCUCUCCAUUACCAGAGGCUUUCUCGCUCUAUGUACUGAUCUGAUAGGAAGUUUUUGAAAGCAAAAGUAGCAAUUUGAAUUUGAAAAUAACUGAAAUCUUAACAAAGAGAAUGAGGUGUGCAAUGAAUUGAUGCAAACAUGCGGAUUUGAAGCUUGGAUGAUG